AAAAAAAACGCGACGAGGAUUAUUGAGCAAUCAAUAAUUAUUAUUUCCAAGUUAUAACUGACUUAGCAAAGUCAUGUUAUUUAUUAAUCGAGAAACAGAAGCAGUUAUAUUUUAUUAGUGCUACUAGAAGUCGAGAAAUUAUUCCGACUGCAACGCAAAUUCAAUCUACGGAUUUAAUCUAGAUUCAUAUUACUGUAUUAGCAUCACCAAGGCAUGAGGAUAUAAUUCAUUUAUUCAUCAAUCUCAUUCUCAUACUUUACAAACUCUUAUAACCAAUUACAGUUUCACCUAUCAAUGCUAUGAAGUAGAUACAUGAAUAUGCUAGACAUAUAUGUAAGCAUACAAUCAUCAUUAUUUUUUUCCACUCCCUAAUGUCUCCUACACUAUACACGCAUAAUCUCCACUUCUCCACUCCACCAACUAUCUCCACCACCUUUUGCUUUCUUCCACUACAUUUUUUCUCACCACCCUUUCCACUCCACUAAUUCCACUACACCAAACUUUCCACCUACUCCCUUCCCCACCACACGCAAGAAUGCAUCUAACAUUCCAUUAUACAGGCAACAAUCUUUUCAUCAUCUUCAUUCUUCACUAAGGAACCGAAGAGCAGCCACGAGUUCUGCCAUAAGCACACUGCUCCGGAAGUGUUUUGCAAGGCGAUUCCAGCCAUCCAAAAGGUCCGGGCGACAGAAAGUGAAGCCGAAGAAGAAACGACUCCACGCCAGCUUUAAGAACAAUUGAGAAUGCCGCCUAAGAGAGGACGCCCUGUGAGAAACAAUAACAAUCGCAGAAACCGUAACGCUGUACCCGAAGAACCACAAGAUGCUCGAGGACAUAACCCAUCCCCUCCGCCUCCGACUAGGAGAGUCGAAGAACUCUUUUUAAGGCAAAAUCCACCUACGUUUGACGGAACGAGUGAACCGGCUGAAGCUGAGAUUUGGGUGCGUGCAAUGGAACGCAUUUUCAACUUUCUACGUUGUACUGAUGAGGAGCGCCUAUCUUGCGUCUCUUUCCAACUAACAGGAUCAGCUGACUUCUGGUGGGAAGCACGUCGAAAAAUUCUGACACCUGAACAAUGGGCAAGUUAUACUUGGGAAGAUUUUAAGACGGGAUUAUAUGAUAAAUAUAUUCCGAAAAGCUAUAGGAAGAAGAAAGAAGCUGAGUUCUACGAGUUGAAGCAAAGAAAUAAAUCUGUGGUUGAAUACGACAAGGAAUUCUGCAACCUGUCUAGGUUUGCUCCGCAACAAGUGGACACAGAUGAGAAGAUGGCAGAGAAAUUUUGUGCCGGUCUACGGUACGAAAUUAAGAUGGCUCUAGCAAGCCACGGAGAACUCUCAUACACGGAGUCUCUGAACAGGGCACUUGACGUUGAAGCUGCAAUGCCGUCGGACAAGUCAGCCCCAUUGUUGAUCUCAACGCCAAAUGAUCCACCAGUAGCCUCACAUACUCUCAAAGGGAAGCGCAAGUGGGACAACAACGAAGACAAUAUCAAUCAGACUAGUAAGAAAGUGUGGCAAGAAUAUGAACGGGCCGAACAGUUUAUUCAACCAAGGCACGAGGCACAGACUAACCUCGAGCAAACUGGGGGUAACCAAGGUCAGAAAGGAGUUUUACCUUGCCCAAAUUGUGGUAAGAUGCAUAGGGGUAUUUGUCGGGCUGGAACUAACGGUUGUUACAAUUGUGGCCAAAAAGGUCACUACUCCACGCAAUGCCCCAAUAGACAACGAGGUUCAGCAGUUGGGAACACCCGCACCCCCUUGCCAGCAAUACGUGGACACUUGCGAAAUCAGCCUCAAUCACAUCAGUGAAAAUCUUAUGGAGACACCGCAGACAAGAAAAGCUACGUGGGAGCUUGAAAACAAGAUGAAGGAAAAAUACCCCGAAUUGUUUUAGCAGAGAUAUGCAAAUUUCGGGACGAAAUUUUUGUUAAGAGGGGUAGUAUGUAGUAGCCCGCUCUUUUAUUUAUGAUAAAAACUAGUAAAUGCAAUUUUUUUAUAAAUGAAUCCAGUUUAUGGUUCUGAUUUUUUUUAUCAGAGGCAGAGUUAUUAUUUUAGCGUUAUAUUUUUAUAACGUAUGAAAAAAAAAAAAAAACGCGACGAGGAUUAUUGAGCAAUCAAUAAUUAUUAUUUCCAAGUUAUAACUGACUUAGCAAAGUCAUGUUAUUUAUUAAUCGAGAAACAGAAGCAGUUAUAUUUUAUUAGUGCUACUAGAAGUCGAGAAAUUAUUCCGACUGCAACGCAAAUUCAAUCUACGGAUUUAAUCUAGAUUCAUAUUACUGUAUUAGCAUCACCAAGGCAUGAGGAUAUAAUUCAUUUAUUCAUCAAUCUCAUUCUCAUACUUUACAAACUCUUAUAACCAAUUACAGUUUCACCUAUCAAUGCUAUGAAGUAGAUACAUGAAUAUGCUAGACAUAUAUGUAAGCAUACAAUCAUCAUUAUUUUUUUCCACUCCCUAAUGUCUCCUACACUAUACACGCAUAAUCUCCACUUCUCCACUCCACCAACUAUCUCCACCACCUUUUGCUUUCUUCCACUACAUUUUUUCUCACCACCCUUUCCACUCCACUAAUUCCACUACACCAAACUUUCCACCUACUCCCUUCCCCACCACACGCAAGAAUGCAUCUAACAUUCCAUUAUACAGGCAACAAUCUUUUCAUCAUCUUCAUUCUUCACUAAGGAACCGAAGAGCAGCCACGAGUUCUGCCAUAAGCACACUGCUCCGGAAGUGUUUUGCAAGGCGAUUCCAGCCAUCCAAAAGGUUCCCAAAAAUUCCCAAAUUAAUUGUGUAUCAUCUUUCAUAUGUUUUCUAUACUUUGGCAAAAUUUCAGAAGGUCCGGGCGACAGAAAGUGAAGCCGAAGAAGAAACGACUCCACGCCAGCUUUAAGAACAAUUGAGGUUGAGCUGUGAUGGGCGAUGAAGUGUUGCUGAGUGGAGUUUUUGUCGAACUUAAAGUAGGCUCAGAAAGGAUACAUGUCUUCAUACAUGUAUCUCAGUUAUGCAUUCCGCUGUAAACACUGAUUAUUUCAGUUACGCCUUCCGUUGCAAACUCUGAUAAUGUUUUAGCCAAGCCCCUAACGAUGCCUUUUUCCUUUUAAGGAAUAUAACGCGAAUACCAGUUCUUUGA